AUGGCGAAGAAAACCUUAUCCAACGAUCAAAUCGAAUAUCAUUUGACAAUACCAUUAGGCACUGAAGAUGAACAAGACUCCUCAGGCGCUAAAAGUGACGGUGACAUUGCCAUAAUUCGAUCUAUCGUCAACAAACUUUAUAAAACGUUUAGCGAUACGGAUGACGAAGAGCAAUUUGUUUCACCGAACAGGUAUGGAUCCGCUGCACCAUUAUCAGGGUCCUAUGGUGGUGAAAUGCAGCAGCAUAUAUCAAAUCCUAGUGGUUCCAUUCCUGCUGUUCAUCUAGAUCAACUGCUUCACGAACACGUCAAUCAACAGUUGUAUCUUCCGCGUCUACUGCACCAAAAGACGCUGCUCCUUCACCUGCUGCAUCCGUCGCCAGUAAAAAGCGAAAUAUCAUCUGAAAAAAAAAAGCUUUCCAUCCAACAAACCGUGGGUUUUGUGGGCAAACCGAUCUAG